AUGCUUCUCUCAUCCAUGGAUCAUCUCGGCUAUUACUCAAUGAGUAAGGACAGCGAAUUUAUAAAACUCGAAAGUUCUGCCGGUGUCACUGGCCCCGAUGGCUUCUCGCUGCCAUCCGAAGACAUUGGAGCUGCAUCUUACAUAAACGAGGAAAACAGCCCUAAAAAUAUCACAAAGUCUUCGUUGUAUAAGACAGAACUGUGCAAGCGCUUUUCAGAGUUUGGCAACUGCCGUUAUGGAGCUAAGUGCCAGUUCGCCCAUGGCAUUGCCGAAUUACGCCAUGUUGUACGCCAUCCCAAGUACAAAACUACAAAGUGCAAGUCUUACUGGGGCUCCGGACAUUGUCCUUAUGGUAGCCGCUGUCGCUUUAUUCACGAAGAAACUGAAGGCUAUUCGCAGCCGCCGUUUAGCCCAUCAAGUCAACUGGGAGGAGGCAUAUUUCUACAUGAAAAAAACCACCUUAGUGGCCACAGUGUAGGUAUUAUGGCACCACCACCGCCGUCUGUGGAGCUCACCUACAGUGGCGGCCUCUACAGUGAGCAGCACACUCCACAAUUACUUCGUCAGCUCCGUUCGCAUCACCACAUGAUGUCAUCAUAUGCUAAAGAUACUUGUUCGCUCCUGUCCUCCUUUGACAGGAGCACAUCGUGGGGAGCAUCUAUAAUGAACGCACCCUCCACCCUCCACUCUAAUUAUUCUGGCGAGCGCUACAAUUCAAAGCAACAAGAGCUCGGCAGCAUUGGCGCUCCUCAUGAAAAUCAACGAGCUGUCCCCGUAACCAAUACUUGCAAAAGCACGUCAUCACCGAGCUACCCGGAUCUCCAAGAUGCCAUCGACGCAUUAAUGAAAUUCUCGCUUACAUCAGAAGACGAACCGAUCUCGGAUCCCGCUACUCAUUCGGAGACUUCAGUGCAACAAGGUCGACGCCUUUCGAGUGUUUCUUCUCCUGCUCUCGCUUCCACGUCAACUGUUUCAGCGACGAGCAACUCUGAGUUCUCCUUGCAAUCUGAUGAGCUGUGGAAAGAUUUUCCGACGGCUUCAUCGGCACCAUUCACUGCCGACGAUUUGCAAUGUCAGUCGUGGUCAACUGGUUUGCAGUCGCUCAGUCUUGACAACAAAGCUUUUGACAGUGUUGCAGCUACUUCUGGUGGUGUCAAAAACGCUUCUAGUUGCAGUAGCGACGACGAAGAUAGCCCCCGUUUGAGCGUGUUCGAGCGCUUCCAUUAG